AUGCCUGCUACUCGGCGGAAGAACGGACAUGCGAUAGACCAGCUCUUCGACGGAUCCAGACAUGCCGGUAGGGAGUAUUUGAGCGGGGGCUCCGACGACUCGGAGGGGAAAGCGCUGCCGGAUCUGGAAAUGGACGUGAUACGAUCGGACGACGAAAGCAUGGUCGACGAUGAAGAGACGGGCCUCACACCGACACAGCGAAAGCAGCGGACGCGGCGGAAAACGAUGAACUCGCGACUCGACGGGCAGGUGUCGGGCGCGGUGAGCAUGCGCAGUGUGCCCGGCAGCAAUGGCACCACAGACGAGAAGCUCGUCACCACCACCCUGCUCAAAAACGUCCUCCUCAACGCCGUCCUCAUUGGCCUGUGGUACACCUUCAGCAUCUCCAUUAGUGUCUACAACAAAUGGAUGUUCUCCGGCGAGAAUCUCGACUUUCCCUAUCCCCUCUUCACCACCAGCCUACACAUGCUCGUCCAAUUCGCUCUCGCAGCAUCCGUGCUCUACUUUCUCCCUCACUACCGGCCGGGCAACUCCCCCGUCAUCAGACCACACGAGGCGUCAUACUCGCGUCUCAGCAACAACGACAUCGAUGGCGAUCCCCAGGAGGACCUCUCCAACGGCCAUACCCAGAAACCCAACGCCCUCCAACAAGAUCAAGAACAGCAGCAACAACCCCUCAUGACCAAAUUCUUCUACCUGACCCGCAUCGGCCCCUGCGGCACCGCCACCGCCCUGGACAUUGGCCUGGGCAACUUCUCCCUCCGCUUCAUCAGCCUCACCUUCUUCACCAUGUGCAAAUCCAGCGUGCUCGGCUUCGUCCUCCUCUUCGCCUUCCUCUUCCACCUCGAGCGGCCGACAUGGAAGCUCAUCCUCAUCAUCGCCCUCAUGACCAUCGGCGUCAUCAUGAUGGUCGCGGGCGAAACAGCCUUCAACGCCCUCGGCUUCGUGCUCGUCAUGCUCGCCAGCUUCUGCUCCGGCUUCCGCUGGAGUCUCACGCAGAUCCUCCUCCUCCGCAACCGCGCAACCAGCAACCCCUUCAGCAGCAUCUUCUUCCUCACCCCCGUCAUGUUCCUCGCCCUCUUCGCCCUCGCCCUCCCCAUCGAAGGCCCCUCCAACGUUAUCCAAGGCGUCAAAGACCUCGCCGCAUCGGAAGGCGGCUUCCAAUCCUUCCUCCUCCUGCUCUUCCCCGGCAUCCUCGCCUUCCUCAUGGUCAGCGCCGAGUUCGCACUGCUGAAACGCACCUCGGUCGUCACGCUGUCGGUCUGCGGCAUCUUCAAAGAAGUCCUGACCAUCAGCGCCGCGGGCGCGAUUUUCGGCGACGAGCUGAGCCCCAUCAACGUUUCUGGCCUCGUCGUCACGAUCCUCUCCAUCGUCGCGUACAACUACCUGAAAUACACCAAGAUGCGGCAGGAGGCAGUGCAGGAGGCGCAGGAAAUUUUCGGCGACGAACGGCAGGGCAGUCUGGAGAGGAGUGGCAAAGCGACUGCUGUUGUCGGUGGGCCGGGUGCUGCUGGCGACGCAGGAGGAGUAGAAAGGAGGAGGGGUAGUUCGAUGUCGUUGAUGCAAGAUACCUUGAAUCUACAGACGGAUAUGAGCCCGGGGGAUAUUGGACAGGGUAGUACGCAAGCGAAUGGCGCCCUUUCGCACAGCCCGGUGAAUGCGAAGCGGCCGGAGCAUUUGAAAUAG